AUGAGGUGCGAUCUUGUGCUGCUGGCCCUGGGCCUCGUCUCUGUGGCGGACGCCUUUUUCUUCCCGUUCUUCAACAAGGGCAAGGACAAAGGUAACUCGGGGAAGUACCCGGGACCGAGCAAGGUGCCGUCUCACUACGGUCCUCCGCGCCCGAGACCGCCGAUCCGACCGACGCUGACCUACGGACCGCCGCGGCCGCAGACCACGUACGGACCGCCCAACGUCCGCCCGCGGCCGCCCUCCAACUCGUACGGGCCGCCGAGCAAAGGCAAAGGCACCGGCGGCUACCCCGGCACCGGAGGAGGCAAGGGAGACGGAGGGUACCCGGCUGGCAGCGGGGGACAUAGUGGAGGAAAAGGAACCGGAGGCUACCCAGGCGGCCCUGGCACCGGCGGUCACGGAGGAAAGGGCAGCGGCGGAUACCCCGGAGGCAGCGGAGGUCAUAGCGGAGGUCAUACUGGAGGGAAAGGAACCGGUGGCUAUCCCGGAGGCAGCGGAAGUCAUAGUGGAGGUCACAGCGGUGGAAAGGGCACGGGAGGCUACCCGGGAGGCAAUGGAGGUCACAGCGGAGGUCAUACUGGAGGAAAGGGAACCGGCGGCUACCCCGGAGGCAGUGGAGGUCACAGCGGAGGUCACAUUGGUGGCGGAAAAGGCACGGGAGGUCACUCCGGCAGCGGAGGAAGUCUGAACCACCACACCCACUACCACUCUCACUACCAUUCGACGACGGUGGGUGUCGGGCCGCGGGAGACCCUGACGGGUGUGCUGCCCACCCUGACCACCGGGCUGCCCGGCCCCGGCAUUCCGUACACCACUGUGGUCGGUCCAGCGUCUGCGGGCCCGCUGUCCCCUCCCCGACCGACCCACUCGACCACCAUCGUCCACACUCGGCCGCCGACGUCUCCGCCGCACACCGGCUACCGCUACCUGCCGCCGCAGGGCCAAGCCUCGGACAAGGUGGCCACCUACGUGCGUCCCGAGAGCGAGCCGACCGCCGAGGAGGAGCUGAUCUCUCCGCGGGGUGCGGGCGGCGCCACGGCCCGGCUUGAGCUGGCGGAGCUCAGCUCGAACCUGGUGGAGGUCGGCACGGCGGCCGGCCCGGGAGUGGAGGAGCAGGGGCCGCAGACGGAGCUGCAGGCGGCGGCCAGCAGCGACCAUGUCCACUGCUGA